ACGAGAAACGAAUAGACUGAAGUUUCAGAGACUCUCUUCAUUCUUUGUUCCAGAAGGAAUUAUGAUAAAAUGAAUCACCGAAAAAACAAAAACGGGCCGUUUUAGUUGGUUUUUCGUUUUUUGAUUCUGACACAAAAAACGGUUAUUUGGUUUUUCGUUUUGAAACAAAAAACGAAUAAACGGUAUUUUCGUUUUUGUAUUACAAACGAAUUACGGAUUAUCCACAGAUACUCUGACCCACAUGGCAUGUACAACACAGUCGGCCUUAGACUACGUCAGAAGUGCCAGAGUCCACCUUGUGAGAGAUUUAAAUAAUCUGUCAGUGGUUGUGGAGAACUUGUACCAGAAAGAAGUUUUUAGUGAUGAAGAGGUCAGUAAAAUACAGGCAGAGAGAGAUGACUACGAUAAAACCAGGAGAAUACUGGACUCAGUCACUAAGAAGGGGGAAGCAGCGUGCCAAGUGUUCCUCAGGAUUAUUUACGUGACGAGGAAGAGGACCUUAGGGAGGACAUCCCUUCUCCCUGAGACAAAGAGUUCAGCUUCUACUGAGACCAAGAAGUUUGACCUGCACCACUGGAUCAGCUGCUUUUCUUUCAAGGACGACACACAGAUGGAUAUAAACUACUUACAAGGCUCCAGGCCGUGCCUCAGAUAUCAGGCGAAGUUAAAGUCAAAAGCACAAAAAAUAUCAAAUUUGUUUUGGAAAGCAAACAAAAAUCAGUUUGAAGGAAACAACAAGCCUGAUCUGUCGUACACUGACCUUGUGUUAGACACACAAGAAAGUGUUUCUCCAUCUAAAAUAAAGAAGCUGAAGAGCAAGAAGAGCAAGAUGAGUCGCCCUAAAAAGCUGAGGACAUACAUCCCUGAGGACAGACCAGACAUUUCCCCCAGUGAGCUGCUGAAGACCGAUAAAAACAUCCUCUUGGUUGGUAAGCCUGGAAUUGGAAAGACAGCACUCACUCACGAAAUGUUGAAACUUUGGGCAGAAAGAGACAACAAGGAGCUCGACUACAUGUUCUACUUUGACAUGAGAGAAACAUCCCACAUCAUGAUGGCCAAGAGCCUGGAGGAUCUUCUUUUCAGUGUGUUCAGUGAGCCAGAUGAAGGCAAAGAAGAGGUCUUACAGGACAUAAAGAAGAACUCUGACAACGUUACACUAAUUUUUGAUGGAAUCACAGAUCUCUCUUCAUCAGUGGUGAAGAGGGUUGUAGAGAAGGAUCUACUACCUGAUGCCAAGGUCAUUGUAACUUGCAGACCAGAUGAUGAAGAAGACUUCCUUUCUGGGGACUUCCUCAGAGUGGAAGUGAAAGGCUUUAGUGAGCAGACCAUAAAAAAAUAUUUAUCUGCAACUCUAGGAGAAGAACAGGAGAAGGUUUUGAGCAACCUGGAGUUGUUAACUCUUUGCCAUGUCCCAAUGUAUGCACUGAUGGUGGCUGUCUGCUUUUCAUCAGAGACACCAGAAGGCUCUCCACAGCCAUGCACUGUAACUGAAAUCUACAUCAAUAUUGUUCGUCGUUGCCUUCAAACAAUCAGCAAGAAAACAAAAACCAAAGAUCUAAAUUCCUUCAUCAACAACAAGAGUGAAGAAAUUCUGUCUCUGGCUGAAUUUGCUUUUAAAGCAACUGUAGAAAAAACUGUGAACUUGACAGAACUGCCCUGUGAAGACAGCUGCGUCCUCUCCUUCCUGAAACCUCUUGUUAUCAAAGUGGCCCCCACUGAGACAAUCACCACUCAUGCAUUUCUCCAUUACACAAUGCAGGAGUUUUUUGCAGCACUGUGGCUGCUGAAGAAUCCAGAUAAGAUCAGGGAUGUUUUUCAACAGUGCCUCACUGAGGAGAAGAAACACAUGAAACAUCUGAUCCCUUUCAUGUGUCGACUGCUGACUGACAAGAGACCUAGUUUGAUGAAGCAUCUGAUUCCAGCUCAGGAGCUCAAGAACACGUCUGACCGGUUCUUCGAGGAACUGAUAACCACAUUUUUAGAGGCUGAUACAGAGGACAAUGGGCUUGAUGUGGACAUACUGUUCUUAUGUCAGUGCUUGUAUGAGUCCCAGUGUCCUGAAGCAUGCAUCAGCUUUCUGGAGAAACUGGACUACCAUCUUGAUCUCAGUGGAGAGAGUCUCGAGCCUUACCUUUGCUCUGCUGUGGCCUACGUGGUCACUCAAUCGAAGGAGAGGAAAAUAAGUCUGAACCUGGAGGACAUCAUGGUGUCAGAGCAAGGAAUGAGACGACUGUUAGGAUGCCUUCAAAAUGUCCAGUGGUGUGGUCCUCUGCCACGGCAGCUGUGGGAGAUUUUCCUUCUCAAUGUGGACAGAUGGCAGAUGAACCACAUCAGCUUACUCAGCCUGGAUGGAAAUCAGUUGCACCUUCCAGUUGAGGGUAAAAGACAGCUGUUUGAAAGAGCAGUAAAAGUCAUGCAGAAGAUCACUACGCAGGUUAAUAUCUGCCUCCACUGGGACAGGGAAACUCCUGCCUGCCAAAGUCUGUGCGAGACCCUAUUAGAGGCUUUGCCAUAUAUCCGCUCACUCAGCUUCAGGAGGACCUACAGAGGUCCAGCAUCACAGGACCAGCAGCAAAGUCAGGGGACACUGGAAAGGGAAGAAAAUGAGCUGUUACUGGAUUUAUUCCUGAGAGCAGCACUUCACAAAGGAGAGAGCUUUCACAGAGUAGCGAACAAACUUCUCUCAUUGUUUUGUGUGAAUACUGACUUACAUAACAUCCUCCUUGAUUUUUACCAGCAUUUCAAGAGUAAAGGGUGUUCAGGUGUCAUUCCAAAACUGAGAGCACUUUUCCAGUCAGCUCCUGCAGUCUGGUCCAUAAACCUCUCAGAGAGAAAGACCUCCAUCCUCCUGGAAGUGCUGAAACUCCAACCAGAGAAGAAACCAGUGGAGCUGACAGGCUGCUCAGAUGAAGAGAGUGAAGUGAGGAGUUUCCUACAGUGUCUGCCUUAUAUCUCACAGCUCAGUGUCUCUCAGCAGUUUAGAGGCUCAGGUGAAGUCAAGUUCUUUGGGAAUCUGUUCUGUGCAGCAGCAGAGAGAGAACAGCAGACAGGAGAGAAGAUACUGGAGCUGUUAUCACCAGUGUGCAGAUAUCAAUCAUUCCCUCUUAAAGAGAAAUGGUUUGAUUUCCUGCUGGACCUGCACUCUGAUGAUCCUGAAACAGGCCUGAGGGUCCUUCCAUCAUUACAGUCAGUUUUCCAGUCAGCUCCUGCAGUCUGGUCCAUAGACCUCUCAGAGGGAAAGACCUCCAUCCUCCUGGAAGUGCUGAAACUCCAACCAGAGAAGAAACCAGUGGAGCUGACAGGCUGGUCAGAUGAAGAGAAUGAAGUGAGGAGUUUACUACAGUGUCUGCCUUAUAUCUCACAGCUCAGUGUCUCUUUGCGGUUUAGAGGCUCAGGUGAAGUCGAGUUCUUUGGGAAUCUGUUCUGUGCAGCAGCAGAGAGAGAACAGCAGACAGGAGAGAAGAUAUUGGAGCUGUUAUCAUCAGUGUGCAGAUAUCAAACAUUCCCUCUUAAUGACAGAAACUUGGAUGAUGGUAAACACAAAUGUCAGUCUGGUUUCCUUCUGGAUCUGUGCUCCCGCCUGAAGGACUAUGAGACUAAAACAGGCUUGAGGGUCCUUCCAUCAUUACAGUCAGUUUUCCAGUCAGCUCCUGCAGUCUGGUCCAUAAACCUCUCAGAGAGAAAGACCUCCAUCCUCCUGGAAGUGCUGAAACUCCAACCAGAGAAGAAACCAGUGGAGCUGACAGGCUGCUUAGAUGAAGAGAGUGAAGUGAGGAGUUUCCUACAGUGUCUGCCUUAUAUCUCACAGCUCAGAUUCUCUCAGCGGUUUAGAGGCUCAGGUGAAGUCGAGUUCUUUGGGAAUCUGUUCUGUGCAGCAGCAGAGAGAGAACAGCAGACAGGAGAGAAGAUACUGGAGCUGUUAACAUCAGUGUGCAGAUAUCAAUCAUUCCCUCUUAAAGAGAAAUGGUGUGAUUUCCUGCUGGAUCUGUACUUGUAUGAUCCUGAAACAGGCUUGAGGGUCCUUCCAUCAUUCCAGUCAGUUUUCCAGUCAGCUCCUGCAGUCUGGUUCAUAAACCUCUCAGAGGGAAAGACCUCCAUCCUCCUGGAAGUGCUGAAACUCCAACCAGAGAAGAAACCAGUGGUGCUGACAGGCUGCUCAGAUGAAGAGAGUGAAGUGAGGAGUUUCCUACAGUGUCUGCCUUAUAUCUCACAGCUCAGUUUCUCUCAGCGCUUUAGAGGCUCAGGUGAAGUCAAGUUCUUUGGGAAUCUGUUCUGUGCAGCAGCAGAGAGAGAACAGCAGACAGGAGAGAAGAUACUGGAGCUGUUAUCAUCAGUGUGCAGAUAUCAAUCGCUGCCUCUUGAAGAGAAAUGGUGUGAUUUCCUGCUGGACCUGUACUCUUAUGAUCCUGAAACAGGCUUGAGGGUCCUUCCAUCAUUACAGUCAGUUUUCCAGUCAGCUCCUGCAGUCUGGUCCAUAGACCUCUCAGAGAGAAAGACCUCCAUCCUCCUGGAAGUGCUGAAACUCCAACCAGAGAAGAAACCAGUGGAGCUGACAGGCUGGUCAGAUGAAGAGAGUGAAGUGAGGAGUUUCCUACAGUGUCUGCCUUAUAUCUCACAGCUCAGUUUCUCUUUCUGGUUUAAAGGCUCAGGUGAAGUCGAGUUCUUUGGGAAUCUGUUCUGUGCAGCAGCAGAGAGAGAACAGCAGACAGGAGAGAAGAUACUGGAGCUGUUAUCAUCAGUGUCUAGAUAUCAAUCAUUCUCUUUUAAUGAGAAAUGGUGUGAUUUCCUGCUGGACCUGUACUCUCAUGAUCCUGAAACAGGCUUGAGGGUCCUUCCAUCAUUACAGUCAGUUUUCCAGUCAGCUCCUGCAGUCUGGUCCAUAAACCUCUCAGAGAGAAAGACCUCCAUCCUCCUGGAAGUGCUGAAACUCCAACCAGAGAAGAAACCAGUGGAGCUGACAGGCUGCUCAGAUGAAGAGAGUGAAGUGAGGAGUUUCCUACAGUGUCUGCCUUAUAUCUCACAGCUCAGUUUCUCUCGGCGGUUUAGAGGCUCAGGAGAAGUCGAGUUCUUUGGGAAUCUGUUCUGUGCAGCAGCAGAGAGAGAACAGCAGACAGGAGAGAAGAUACUGGAGCUGUUAUCAUCAGUGUGCAGAUAUCAAUCAUUCCCUCUUACUGAAGAAUACUUGAAUGAAGAUGAUGAUGAUGAGGAUUUCAAGGAUUAUCAGUGUGGUUUCCUGCUGGAUCUGUGCUCCCACCUGAAGGACUAUGAGACUAAAACAGGCUUGAGAGUCCUUCCAUCAUUACAGUCAGUUUUCCAGUCAGCUCCUGCAGUCUGGUCCAUAGACCUCUCAGAGAGAAAGACCUCCAUCCUCCUGGAAGUGCUGAAACUCCAGCCAGAGAAGAAACCAGUGGAGCUGACAGGCUGCUCAGAUGAAGAGAGUGAAGUGAGGAGUUUCCUACAGUGUCUGCCUUAUAUCUCACAGCUCAGAUUACCUGCCUGGUAUGAAGACAUAGGUGAAGUCGAGUUAUUUGGGAAUCUGUUCUGUGCGGCAGCAGAGAGGGAACAGCAGACAGGAGAGAAGAUACUGGAGCUGUUAACAUCAGUGUGCAGAUAUCAAUCAUUCCCUCUGAAAGAGAAUUGGUGUGAUUUCCUGCUGGACCUGUACUCUUAUGAUCCUGAAACAGGCUUGAGAGUCCUUCCAUCAUUACAGUCAGUUUUCCAGUCAGCUCCUGCAGUCUGGUCCAUAGACCUCUCAGAGAGAAAGACCUCCAUCCUCCUGGAAGUGCUGAAACUCCAACCAGAGAAGAAACCAGUGGAGCUGACAGGCUGCUCAGAUGAAGAGAGUGAAGUGAGGAGUUUCCUACAGUGUCUGCCUUAUAUCUCACAGCUCAGAUUGUCUGUGUGGUUUAGAGGCUCAGGAGAAGUCAAGGUCUUUGGGAAUCUGUUCUGUGCAGCAGCAGAGAGAGAACAGCAGACAGGAGAGAAGAUACUGGAGCUGUUAUCAUCAGUGUGCAGAUAUCAAACAUUCCCUCUUAGUUACAUGGAUGUUGAAUAUGAUCAGUGUGGUUUCCUGCUGGAUCUGUGCUCCCACCUGAAGGACUAUGAGACUAAAACAGGCUUGAGGGUCCUUCCAUCAUUACAGUCAGUUUUCCAGUCAGCUCCUGCAGUCUGGUCCAUAGACCUCUCAGAGAGAAAGACCUCCAUCCUCCUGGAAGUGCUGAAACUCCAGCCAGAGAAGAAACCAGUGGAGCUGACAGGCUGCUCAGAUGAAGAGAGUGAAGUGAGGAGUUUCCUACAGUGUCUGCCUUAUAUCUCACAGCUCAGAUUCUCUCAGCUGUUUAGAGGCUCAGGAGAAGUCGAGUUCUUUGGGAAUCUGUUCUGUGCAGCAGCAGAGAGAGAACAGCAGACAGGAGAGAAGAUACUGGAGCUGUUAUCAUCAGUGUGCAGAUAUCAAUCAUUCCCUCUUAGUUACAUGGAUGAUGAAUAUCAGUGUGGUUUCCUGCUGGAUCUGUGCUCCCACCUGAAGGACUAUGAGACUAAAACAGGCUUGAGAGUCCUUCCAUCAUUACAGUCAGUUUUCCAGUCAGCUCUUGCAGUCCGGCCCAUAAACCUCUCAGAGAGAAAGACCUCCAUCCUCCUGGAAGUGCUGAAACUCCAACCAGAGAAGAAACCAGUGGAGCUGACAGGCAGGUCAGAUGAAGAGAGUGAAGUGAGGAGUUUCCUACAGUGUCUGCCUUAUAUCUCACAGCUCAGUGUCCCUUGGCAGUUUAGAGGCUCAGGUGAAGUCAAGGUCUUUGGGAAUCUGUUCUGUGCAGCAGCAGAGAGAGAACAGCAGACAGGAGAGAAGAUACUGGAGCUGUUAUCAUCAGUGUGCAGAUAUCAAUCAUUCCCUCUUAGUUACAUGGAUGUUGAAUAUGAUCAGUGUGGUUUCCUGCUGGAUCUGUGCUCCCACCUGAAGGACUAUGAGACUAAAACAGGCUUGAGGGUCCUUCCAUCAUUACAGUCAGUUUUCCAGUCAGCUCUUGCAGUCUGGUCCAUAAACCUCUCAGAGAGAAAGACCUCCAUCCUCCUGGAAGUGCUGAAACUCCAACCAGAGAAGAAACCAGUGGAGCUGACAGGCUGCUCAGAUGAAGAGAGUGAAGUGAGGAGUUUCCUACAGUGUCUGCCUUAUAUCUCACAGCUCAGCUGUGAUCCAGAGUUCUUCCAGAGUCUGUGUGCAGUCAUCUCUGUAAGAUCCAGAGAGGCCGAGCAGUUGGCCUCUGUGCUGCAGCUCCUGGGCUUCAGCCUGCUGUUAACAGGAGAGUUACACAGGAAAACCUGCAGGUCUGUGGGGAGGGUUCUCAGACUCUGUGGCUCUGAUGUGGAUCUGGUCCUCACACCCAGAAAGAUGUCUGUCAGAGGAGCCUCCCUCCUCUUCAGCUGUACAACACAACUCCACAGUCUGAGGCUUUCCAGCGACAUGGCCUUGCUACUGUGUCGAUGGGUGAGAAGAGGGAGAGCGGCCUGUCCGUUGGCUGUUGAAGAGCUUUCUCUGGCCCCUCAGAAAGCCCGACCAUCAGACAGAGUGCUGUUGAAGGUCGUCAGUAGUUUGGCGUCCCUGCUGAGAUCCUGGGCAGUCAGACGGUUGGACCUGAAUGAGUUCUGCGUCCCUGCUCAGGGUCUCAUUCCUCUGCUGCUGCACGACGGCCCUCUAACCAUCAAACUGAGUCAGGAGAUUUUCCAGCAGCUCCUCUCCCUCCUCCAUGAAGUCCAGGACGAGGUCUUGACCCGGUCCUUCUUGAGUAAGGUUGGUGGAGACCUGAGCUCCUGCUGUCUGAACUGGGAGCUUCUUCACUAUCUGCUGCAGUCGUCAGCUCAGACCAUCGCUGUGAACCUGAGGAAGAACCUCUUCUUACAGGAGAGCGUCACACGUCUGCUUCCCUUUCUGGACAGGAUUGUAUUUAAAAGGCCCAGUCCCGGCUUUGUGUUGACUGCCAUCAGAGAGAUCUAUAAAGCUCGUGCCAGUCCCAUUAUACCCAGUUUACUGAGGUCACUGGAUCAUGUGAUCAACCUGACCUGCAGAGAGAUGGACUCUGUGGACUGUGCUGCUCUGCUCUUCACCCUCAAACACAGUGACAGAGUUAAACUGAACCUCCAGUGGACCUCCAUACCAACAGGGGACACAGAGUCCAUCCUCUUUACGCUGGACAAAGUUUCUCAGCUCAGUGUGGACAGGAACCUGCUGCUGAGGCUGGUGCACUGCUGUGCUGCCUCUGACGCCCAGCAGGGGGCAGCAGUCGGCCUGCUCAGGACUGUGCAGCACAGGCUGGAUCUGUCCUGCUCCUCCUGUGUGGAGCUGCCAGAGGAGGAUCAGAGCGAGACUCUCAGUCUGACCGGUGAGGACUGCGGGGCCGUCUCCGCCAUCCUGAGACGCAGCGUCCGGGACACACAGCUCAACCUGCAGGACUGCGAGGUGGAGGACAGCGGACUGGACCUGCUGUUUCCUGUCCUCCGCAGAGUCCGCCUCAGAGCCAGUAAAGCCGUCCUCCUCCAGCUGGUGUCCCUGGUUCCUGUGAACAGUGAGGGGGACACAGUGAGACGGGCGGUGUCCCUGUGUAGAGCCCUGGACGGAGAGCUGGACCUCAGUCACACCUCACUGGAUCAGAGGGCCUGUGGAGCUUUGGCCCUGAUGCUGGACUUCUCUGAAGGGCUGACCGAGCUGGACCUCAGUCACUGUGAGCUCACCGACCAGCUGCUGCUCACACUCAUCACACAUCUGCACAAAGUCCAGGUCCUGGAUCUGAGUCACAAUAAGAUCUCUGAUGCUUCAGCUGGAAAGUUACUCCACCUGGUCUCCAUCAACCCCUCCAUCGGCACUGUGCGACUCUUCAGCAACAACAUUGUGGAUCGAACACCCUUUAAGAAAGACAAGCGGUUUGAACUCUGGUGACCCGCUCGUCAGCGUGGAGGCCCCAGCUGGUGGUUCUUCGUCCCAUAACCCCCUGCUUCUGUCUCUGGACUGAAAAAGUUCAUGGUGCCUCAUGAGGACUGAACUGAAGUCCUCUAUGAUCCUGAACUGAGGGCCUGGAGGUCCUUGAACUGUCUCAGUCUUUCCUUUGGCUCCAGGGACGGUGAUGUCGGCUCCGGUCCCUCCACCACUUUGGUCCAGGUCAUGAAAUGUGGUUCAGACCUUCAUGGUUCCCAGAAGAUGAAUCCUACUGACUGUGGUGAUCUUUAUGUUUCUCAUCUCUAAAAGCUGCUCGGUCUUUCGUCUGGACUUUAAAUCUUUAAACUGUUCUCAGAAAUUUCUAAUCAGGGACCCUGUUUUUUUUUUUUCCAAGAGACAAUUAAUCCAUUACCAGAUUAGAAAACACUGUAUGAAGUUAUUUCUGCCUGUAAGUGAUCUUUUAAAAACUCCUGGUUCCUUCACAUGUUAAAAAACUGUUUGUUAAAUCAGAGGCCUGAGACAGAACCAUGGAUUGUAGUUUGGACUGUCAUUUAUCAUUAUAUUAUAUUAUCUCUUUCACUAUUGUUUGCAUUAUUGACAUGUUUUAAAAGGGGAGGGGGAAGUGAAGUUUGGGGGACCCCUGUGAUAUGCAAAGCAGAACAGGUGAGACUUUAGGGGCCUCUGUAACACAGGGGGGCCAGAGGACACAGGAACAUGACACUAUUAGUGGAUUAUAUGUUGGAACCUCCUGUUAACUGUGGAUAUUACUGACCUGCAGCGUCGGCCACGCUUCAUCCUGGUACCUUUGUGUUUGUCCUCUAAGGAGGAAAUCUGUUUGAAAUCGGACAAUUUAAGUUAAUUGAGCGAACGAACGUUUGGUCUGCUGGGACAUUGAGGUUUUCUGUUCUGAAGCCUCCCAGCUAAUCUCAGCAGGUAUCAGAUCCGCCUUUUACCUCAUAUUGUUUCUUUUGUACCUUUCCCUUGAUUUGCUUUUGUGUGAAUUGUUACUAAAAUCACUGCACUCUUUAUUUUACUGACCGUUAUUCUAUGUUAUAUUCACAAAUUUAAGUUUUUUAAAGUGAAACCUGAGUUCUUUCUUUUACAAAAAGCCUUUAAUGUCAUGAAAAUGAAAAAGCAGUGAAGUCUUUAGUUUAGCAGCAGAAUCACACAACACACAUUUCUUUAUUCCUAGUUUGUCUUUGUUCCGGCUGUUGGUCCUUUCUGUAGAAAGUGAAACUCAAAGCCAGGUUGUUUGUAUCUGGAAUAUUGAUCAAUAAAAACAAACUUCUGCUGCUUCCUGUUUAA